GUUUCCGAUCGUGCCAAGGAUGCUUUUGAGAAAGUCGGCUGCUUGGAGAGUCUGGAGGGCUCUGCGCUGCUUAAAGACCUCGCUGCACUUCGAAGCGAAUGCGGCGAUAUCGCCGGUGAGCUGCGAGACUUGCAGCAGGCCAUGGCGAUUGAAGCAAAGCUUGGCGCUUCCCAAAGCCUCGAGGGCCUUCGCACACGCAGGAGCCUCGCGGCCGCCCACGAGCGCGCCGGGGAGCCGGAGCGAGCCUUGGAGGUGCUUCAAGAUCUUCAGCAGUUCUACGAGGGAGACGGGACGCACGCAGCACGAGCACAGGAGGUAGACGAAGCCAUCUUCAAGCUGCAGGCCUCCCUGGCAAAUGCGACCCCUUCCACAAACAAUGCUUCGCCAAGUGGGCACCGCAACGCGGAUCCUGCGACAGCAAAAGCGUUGGCCGAGUUGGAAGCCCAGCGACGUGAGCACGAGGAGAACGGAACGUUGCUAACCGCUCAAGGCGCGCAUGUCCUGAUGAGUCUCGGGGCCACGUAUGGUCGCAUGGGCGAUUUCGAUGCCGCGAUGCAAGCUUUCGGCGAUGCCCGCGAAGCCUACAAGAGGCAGGGCUUGAUGGACACAGAGGAGGGAGCUGCCCUUCUUUGCAACAUGGGCUAUGCUGUGCUGCAAGCGGGUCGAGCAG